AUGCCAUUAUUUAUUGACCAUCUAGUUGACAUCGGGAUCAUUGUUAAUAAGUAUUCGAUCUCAAACAAUAACAUCUUGUUUUCCCUGUCUGAUUAUUUGAAGAAUCUAUCUGCCUCAGAUUCCUUUGAUAUGGCAUUAAGAUUAUAUGAUAGUUGGAAAAUGCAACAAACCAAAAAGAAGAAUCCAGCAAAUCUAUUAACCAUCCUAACCAAAAUAGCACUUCGAAAACCAUUCAAAACCCUUAAAGCAUAUUAAAAAAGCAAAAAGAUGUAAUUUAGCCCAAAUAAAAUUCGAAAUUCUUAAAAAUCUACUAUUAGUGAAUAAUAAUCCUAUCAAUCACCAAUCAAUAAAAAGGCCUUAAGUUAAAUGGGUCUAAAUGAUACUUGUGAGAGACUCUACAUGGAUGGAAUAAUUUAGAAAGUGAAAAAAGGCUAAUUUGAAUAAGAAAAAUAACAACUAGAAUUAAAGGAAUGCACAUUCAAACCGUAAGUCAAUGUUGAAGCAAUCAGAAAGAAUGAAAUUGAAGUUUUCGAUCGACUCUAUAAAACAUAACUAAUUAGUAAAAAUGACUUCUCUGAAAUUAAAUAAAAAUAAGAAAUUAGUUAAUGCACUUUUACGCCAUCAAUUAAUAAACAAGAAUCCAUUUCUAAUUUCUAAACUGCAGAUAAUAAAUAACAACACAUUUUUGAUAGAUUGUUUUAAGAAUCCAUUUCAAGAAGUAAUCUAAAACAAAGUUAUGCUCCUGUUCGAGAAUAAAAGGAAUUAUAGGAGUGCACAUUUAAACCCUAGAUUUCAAAUCGACAAUUAAAUAGAAGUGGCGAUGACAGUAUUAAUAUUCCAAAUUAUCCUCUAGUCUUUAAGAGAUUGCAUAAUGAAUCUGCAGAAAAAUAAUAAGUGCAAGCAUUUUAACGUCUGGACAAAGAAACCAAGGAGUUGGAACAAUGUACUUUCAAACCUAAAAUCAAUACUACUUUAAACUUUUCACCAAAUCAAUAACCUGCUUUUGAUAGAUUAUAUAUGUUAUCUACUAAAUCAAAGAAGAACCUUUUCGAUGAUAGCCAACAAAAGUAAACCAUUAAUAAAACUAAAGAUCAAUCAUCAAUUUAAAAUAAUGAAUCACUUUAUGAAAGAAUGAAAAGUCAUGUGGAUAAAAAGAAGAGACACAUUUAUCACAUUAAAUAGGAAGUAGAUAAGGAUCUAACAUUUAAACCCAGCAUCAAUAUGAGAUCUUAAAAUAAUAUUUAAAGCAAAUAGACUAAUAAGCACUAAUCAAUAGUUUCUGUGAAGUCAGAACCAAAAUUGAAGGCUACAGCCAAUACAUUGUCUACUUAUGUUUACAACACUAGAAAGUCACAAUAAGAUAAAGAAAAUAGCAAUUUAUCAAUGUAUUGUGAGACUGCCUAUUUUCAAGAGGAUCUAAAAUUAAAGUCCAAUAUUUUAGAUUUAAAAUUAUGA